AUGGCUUCAUCGAUGUCUCCAACCACUACGAAACGGAAGGGUCCGUUGGAGAAUAACAAUCAAAACAAAUCGAAAAAGUCACAUUGGUCGGCGGCUUUAUCAGAUGCAUUGGAUGAUGAAAGUGUACGAUUGUAUCGAGAUGAUUUAUGUACAGUAAUUAGAGAUAAAUUUCCAAAAGCCAAAAUACACUUACUUGUAAUGCCCAAUGAACAUAUUACGGAUCUUAAGUGUGUCAAUGAUACUCAUGUACCUUUACUUAAACAUAUGUUAAAAGUUGGCAAAGAAGUCGCUGAAAAAAUUGCUGCGAAAGAGAAUGCCACGGGUUCAUUCGCUCAGUUCCGGUAUGGCUAUCAUGCAAUUCCAUCCCUGGCGCUUCUUCAUAUGCAUGUCAUUAGUCAAGAUUUUAUAUCACCCAGUUUGAAAACCAAAAAGCAUUGGAAUUCCUUCACGACAAGCUAUUUUCUUGAUGCAAGUGAUGUCAUUGAUGAUUUGCAAGCCAAUCAUGCAAUCCGUGUUGAUGUAGCGCGAAUGAGAAAGUUACUUGAUAAUGAGCUACAAUGUCAUGAAUGUCCACAUACGUUUCCAACUAUUCCUAAGCUCAAACAACACCUAAUGACACAUAUCUAUUAA